AUGUGUCUGAUCACUGUGUUUGGAAACCUGCUCAUCAUCUUGGCCAUCAGCUCAGACUCCCACCUCCACAGCCCCAUGUACUUCUUCCUCUCCAACCUGUCCUUUGUAGACAUCUGCUUCACCUCCACCACCAUCCCCAAAAUGCUAUGGAACAUCUACACCCAAAGCCAAGUUAUAACCUAUGAAGCCUGCAUCAUUCAGGUGUAUUUUUUAAUGCUGUUUGCAGGGUUGGAUGACUUCCUCCUGACGGUAAUGGCCUAUGACCGCUUUGCAGCCAUCUGUCACCCCCUGUACUACACAGUCAUCAUGAAUCCAAAAGUCUGUAGAAUUUUGGUUCUGGUUAGCUGGGCCAUCAUUGUCUCCUUAUUUUAUUGUACAAGCCUGGGAGUGUAUGUUAGCUCUGCUGCUACCCACAGCUCCCAGUCAAGUGCAACAGCAUCAAUGAUGUACACUGUGGUCACACCCAUGCUGAAUCCUUUCAUCUAUAGUCUAAGGAACAGAGACAUAAAGAGGGCUCUGAAGGCAUUCUUCAGAAUAGCAGCUAUAAAAAGGACACUUGUCCUGAGAUAA